CAUUUUUUUGUUUUGAUUUACAUCUUUAUCUUUCAUUCUGCAUAGUGUUUUACUUCGUAGUCUUAAGCGGCGUUGGUUUUCUAACAGAGCUUUGUAAUUUGAUUUCUCCCACAGACAAAAAUCAUCCGGCUUUGUUGUUUGUCUUUUGUGUGGCGUGCGUUGCCCACGUUCCUCUUGUUCCUUCCUUUUAAAUUUUUUUAAAAUGACCACGAACGUAAAUAUCCGCCUAGCCCUGGAUCGUGUCAAUAUGGGUCUAUUGGCACAAAAUCAAGCGAAUGCUCCACGCUUAUAUACACCCGGUGAAGUGGUUACAGCUCAACAGGGCUUCAUGAAAGGCCACGGAACCUAUGUGGAAGGAGAUGACAUCAAAGCUUCUGUGGCCGGUGUCAUGGAACAAGUCAACAAAUUGGUGUCCAUAAAACCCUUAAAAAGUCGUUAUGUCGGUGAAAUUGGCGAUGUGGUGGUGGCACGGAUAACCGAGGUGCAACAGAAAAGAUGGAAAGUCGAUACCAAUUCUCGUUUGGAUUCCAUUCUCUUGCUAUCCUCUGUGAAUUUACCCGGUGGUGAGCUGAGAAGACGUGUGGCGGAAGAUGAACAGGCAAUGCGUAAAUAUUUACAAGAAGGUGAUCUUAUUUCGGCCGAAGUACAAAAUAUCUACGAUGAGGGUACGCUGUCGCUGUACACACGUUCCUUGAAAUAUGGCAAACUGUCACAGGGUUUGUUGGUUAAGGUCUUCCCUUCACUGGUCAAACGGCGUAAGACACAUUUUCACAAUUUACCCUGUGGUGCCAGCAUUAUUUUGGGUAAUAAUGGUUUCAUAUGGGUAUCGCCAUCGUCCCGUUCCGAUGGCGAGGGUGGUGAUGGUGGCUUUUCACAAAAUCUGUCCGAGAUUAUACCACGAGGUGACCGUGAAGUCAUUGCCCGAUUGAGGAACUGUAUAUUGGCUCUGGCCCAUUGUAAAAUGAUGCUGUAUGACACAAGUAUUCAAUAUGCCUACGAGGAGUCAAUGAAAUAUGAAGUCCAUGAGCUGCUACAACAAGAAGCCAUAUUCGAUGUGGCGUUUUUGACACAACAUCGCUUGAGAUUGCAGGAGGAAUGAGAGGGGCGCUGUGUGUAUGUCUGAUAGUUAUUAAGUUUGUAAGCAUUUUUUUGUAAAUAAAUUAUUUACAAUUAUGAAAAAUAAAAUGGUUUUCUAUAUCGAACACAAAUUUUGAAUAUCAA